AUUUACAUCAAGUCUUUCACCUUAUUUACGUUAUUAAAAUUAAAUAAAAAACUGUAGUCAUAAAAUUUUAGUUUCCAAUAUAAAAAUUGAUAUUUUAGAACUUGAAAUCUUAACUAUAUCAAGUAAUAUUGUUAGAAAAGUUUCAACAGUCGCAUGGAAUUGUCUAAUAUUGAAUAUUAUGUAAUACUGUGUAUUUUAAUUGUCCCAGUAUAUUACUUUUUUCAACUUUGGGCAUGGCUUGGUUGGGAAUUGUUUAAAAAUAAUUAAUAUUAUCUUUUUUAUUUAAGUUCAUCUACUCAAUUAUGUCAUACAGCAGCAAUGAAAAAUUAUAUUUUAAGUGUUCUGAAUUUGAUGAUUCUCGUAAAGAUUUAAGAGAGCAUGACAAACAUAUUCCAAAUGUGUUCACAAUACCAAAAUGUAUCUUUAAAUCAUCGGGCAUAUAUCCAUCUGAAGUUAUAGAAAGAGAUAAGACAAUCCCCAAUGUAUUUCAAGCUAUGAAAGCUGUUAGUUGUGCAAAUACACCAACUUCUGAAUAUGCUGUUAAAUUUGUUAAUUAUCCAAACUUGUUCACAUUACCCAAGUCAUUGUCAGAACCAAGUAGUUUCAAUGAUUACUUAAACAAACACAGCAAUAAUUAUUCAAAUAUAUUUUUACUAUCAAGUUUAUUGAAUAGUGAGUGUGAAGAUCAUGUAGAAAAGAAAUAUAGCAAUGAUAAAAAAUCUGUACAUAAUGAUUUAAACCAGACACCAGAAAGAGUAAUUAAGAAAAUAGUAAAAGAAGAAGAUAUGAGUACUGUUAAAGCUAUGUGGUGUAUUUUAAUGGCAAGGACAGUAUGCGAAAAUCCAAACAAGUCAUUUCCAAUUAAAGAAAUUGAUACUAAUGAUAUGGUAGUUGACAUUAAAAGAUUGUUGACUAAUCGAGGAGCUGAAUAUUUUAUUGAAGACCCUAUUACAAAAAAAUAUAAACUUAAUGGAAUGUUCAGCAUUUAUGGUAUAUCACCAGAUAUUUUUGAAAAUAUAACUUUUGGAAUACUGGAAUGUGCAAAUUUAUUUAAAGCACUAACAACUUACAAAAGCUUAUGGGAAAAUGAUACUAAAGAUAAUAUUACUUUGAACUUUAUGUUUACCUUAUCCCAAAUAUUAUCAGAUUUUGAGAGGUCAAUUUAUGCAGUAACGGAUGAUACUUUGUUUGAACUUGUUGGCCGUUUAAAGCAAUUUGUAAAUCAACUACAGAUAUUAGCUAAUAUUUGUGAUAUUUGUAUUAAUGAAUUUAUUGAUAUGCCUACUCAAAGACCGUCUGGUGUUCACUUAUUGAAUAAAGUUCAUGAUUAUUUAAUAAAUUAUCAGUUAAGUCAUGAUGUAUUCUUGCGUAUGUUGAUAUACAUUUUUGAUUAUUGUUGUAUGUUAUAUUUCAGAAUUUUAUCAGAUUGGACUUUGAAAGGUGAAUUAAAUGAUCAUUCAUGCAUGUUCAUUAAAAUGUAUUUAAAAAAUAAUGAAGAAGAGUCCUGCUUUGAUAAUAAUUACGAUGAUUAUUAUAUUGAUGAAGAUGUUGCUGUUCCUGAUUUUUUUAAACAAUUCAAAAAUGAUAUACUAUGUUGUGGUCGCAGUGUGUAUUUAUUAAACAAACUUAAAGAUAUAAAAAUUUUUUCACAACCAACAUUUACUUGCUGCUUUGAUCAUGAUGAUACUGAAGCUAUUUACAUCAAGUCAUGCAAUAUAUUAAAAUGUAAUUCUGAUCCUUCACCUACUAAUGUUGUAAAUGAAGCUCCUAAUAUUUUUGUGACACCAGAUUGGAAUAAUGUUGAAAAAAAUGAUUAUGAUCUCAACAAUCCUUAUGGGUUUUUUAUGGAAAAUAAUAAGCCAUUGAUAUAUCAUAAUAAACCAAUUGAUAUUGUUACAAUGCUGGAUUGUAUACCCUAUACUUUACUUAUACCAUCAAAUAUAAAAAAAAAAAAUUGCAAUAAAGAAAUUUUAAACAUUAUUUUGAAUGAAGAACAAUUAGUAAACAAACUUAAUUUUCUCUCACAGUGUUUCUUCUUAGUAAAUAGUCAAUUUUCUUCAAAGUUUUGUGAUAAUUUGUAUGAAAGUAUAUCAAUUAAUCGUAAAAAAUCGGACCAUCUAUUUAAUUCAAAUCGUUUAAGUUUAAUCUUAGAUGAAGCCAUUCAAGAUAGUUUUACAAAAAUAACUCCACUUAACAUAACUAUUAUGGUAGUAGGUGAAUUGUCUUUAGAUGAUUCAAUACAAAUUGAAGAUGUAGAAAGUAUUGAAUUAAAUUAUCUACCUACAUGGCCUAUGAAUAUACUUUUUACUCAAAAAAUAAUUCUCAAGUAUAAAAGAAUAUUUAUGUUUUCUAAUAAGUUAGAAUAUGUUACAUGGUGUUUGUCCAAAGCAAGAGAAAUUCUAAGCUUACACAAAUUUAAUACUGGAGUGCAAUUUAGACAAAUAAAUUUAUUUAAACAUGCCAUGUAUCAAUUUAUAACAUCAAUGCAUCAUUACUACAAACAAGUUGUCAUUUCAACGUGUUGGAUGGAGCUUAUUGAAAAUUUAAAAGUAACUGAAGAUAUUAAUGAUGUCUAUAACAACCAUAAACAAUAUUUGCAUAAUAUUAUUAGCAGAUGUUUCAUGAUUAAAGGACUCAGAGAUAAGCUAAUUUUUUUAAACAAAAUUUAUAUAGAAAUUAUAAAUUAUUAUCGACUGAUUGCUCAAGGAAAUUUCUACAUGGAUAAUUCUAUUUUAUUACAUUCAAAAUUUGAAGAAAUAGAAAAAUCUUUCCUAAGAUUUUCAGAACUUAGAAGAAUGUUUUAUGAAAGUAUUUUAAAUUCAAUUGAGACUAAAGGCAAACAUAGUUAUGUAAGUCAUUUGGAAAAUUUGAUUACCAUUCUAGGUCCUUCCUAGUAAAACAUAAAAUAUAAAAUCAUUUUUUAUGUUGCAUAUUUUUAAAAUUAUUAUUAUUAUUUUUUUUAUAUGAUUAUAGUAUUAUUUUUGUUAUGACUCCUGUAUUAAUAUUCAAAAAAAAUAUAUUGUUUUUGUAUA